AGGUACUCUUCUAACGUGAAACUUCAUGUCGCAGCGACGAAAAUCUUAUUUUAUAAUUUAUUUUCAUCACAUACGAAUAUGUUCCCGUAGAGUGUAAUCGACUGUGCGUAAAAAACGAUACGAAACACGACGAUAGUAUGGCGAACGACGAGGUGUUAGGUCCGCGAAAGACGAUGUUGGUUUUAGUGAUUGUGGUGGGUUGUUUUGCUGUGCUGUGGCCGAGGAUACUGUCGCCUUUGCUGGUGGGUCACACACAGGAACAGCUAAAGCCGAAUAAGUUCGACCGGGAGGCAGGUUGCUGUGAAGUAAUAUUUCAAACAGAAGUCGCUGUACUAGAACUUGUCAAUGAAGUUUGCAACUCUGCUCUCGGAAACAGCAAGAUGACGGCCGCAGAAUGCCGCAAUAUGGUGAAUCAAUCAUGCGGGGUGGAUAUUGCAGCAUUUCUAAGGAAAGAUGAGAAUGUCGGUAAAACAACAAAGAUGUUGGUUGAAGCAUUGAAGAAUACAAAUAGUUCGUGUUUGAGGAACCAGUUUGGAGUUCCAAUAUACAGCAUGAGUCCACAUUCACCGAUCAACUCAUGGAUGCUCCAGGAUUCGUUGAAACAAGAGCGACCAUCAACGCGCGGAGUGGGGCCCCACCCUGCGCUGCGCGAGCGAGGGCGCGCGAUACCGCCAGGUCUUCCGCCCACUGCCCGGCAGAUGCCGCCACAUGUUAGGGUAUGGUCGCCACUAUCAGUCUACUUUGAACUGGAUAUCAAGCCGCCUCCGAUUCCCGGUAUGCGGCCCCCGCUCGGAGCAGGCAGUGGCCCGCUGCCGGCCCCCAAGUCCUCGAUGGGCUUCGUAAUGCCCAUCUACACCAUAUGCAUUAUCGUCUUCUUCGUGUACACUCUCAGCAAGAUAUUAUUCAAACGCGGCGUAGUCCCGUACGAGCCUCUUCCUCCGGAUCCUCAGUUCAGACGCCGCGUCUUCAGAGACGACUCCAGAACAACACCAGAUAAGCUAGGUGAGUUUAUAAAAUUUAGUUUACUGGAGCUAGCCGAAUAG